AUGUUUACCUUUUGGGACUUCAGGGGCUCCGAUUCAGGAGUGAAGCAGCUCUCUGCUGGACUGAAGAGUCCACACUGUAGACUGGAGAUUCUCAGGUUAAAUCAAACCAGUCUCACAGAGAAAUGCUGUCAGGAGUUUUCAGCAGUUCUCAGCACCAAGUUGGGUACUCUGAGAGAGCUGGACCUGAGUUACAACAACCUGAAGGAUUCAGGAGUGAAGCUGCUUUCUGCUGGACUGAAGAGUCCACACUGUAGACUGGAGAUUCUCAGGCUGUCAGGCUGUAUGAUCACAGAGGAAGGCUGUACUUCUCUGGCCUCAGCUCUGAGAUUUAACCCCUCCCAUCUGAGAGAGCUGGACCUGAGCUACAAUCAUCCAGGAGACUCAGGAGUGAAGCUGCUGUCUGCUGGACUGGAGGAUCCACACUGGAGACUGGACACUCUCAGGUAUGAAGAGACAACCAGAGUUCACAGUGUUUCCCACAGACCUCCUAACUGA